AUUUACUGUAUCUGGCAACCCGAUCUGUCAGGGCUUUCAGUCAUGGAAGAUUAUUAGUACUGCGUCUUCAAAAUCUUACCGACACUUGAUCAUAACUAGUCCUUUAUUUAUUGAAGAUACUAGUCAGCCUCUAUCUAAAGUACAGAACUUAAAUGGAUAAAGCGACAUUGUGUUUUGAGCGCAGAUAUUGAGGAGAAGAUAAAAGGCCAGACGACACACACAGAGUUCGGCCUCUCUGAGAGGCUUGAACAGCACAGAUGAUUGGCAGCUGGAUCUCGACGCUCUGUGACGUAUUGUGAGAUCAUGUCUGUACGAAACGUCACCAGAGAUCUUCUUCAGAGGAAGAUCAAGGAGAACAGAUCACUGGAUUUUGAGAGACACCAUCAUGUGACCGAUCCCUUUAUAAAGCGUUUGGGCCUGGAGGCAGAGCUACAGGGUCACACGGGUUGUGUCAACUGUCUGGAGUGGAAUGAGAAAGGAGAUCUGCUGGCCUCAGGUUCAGAUGAUCAACAUGCCAUCAUCUGGGAUCCGUUCCGACACAAAAAGCUCAUCACUAUGCACACAGGACAUGCGGCAAACAUCUUUUCAGUGAAGUUUCUCCCUCACUCUGACGACCGGAUCUUAAUCACGGGGGCCGCGGACACUAAAGUGCACGUCCACGACGUGACGGCGAAGGAGACCAUCCACAUGUUCUCAGACCACACCAACCGCGUCAAACGCAUCGCUACGGCACCCAUGUGGCCUAACGUCUUCUGGAGCGCUGCAGAGGACGGGAUCAUUCGGCAGUAUGACUUGCGAGAAAGCAGCAAACGCUCAGAGGUUUUAAUCGAUCUGACGGAGUAUUGCGGGCAGCUCGUGGAAGCCAAAUGUCUGGCCAUCAACCCUCGUGACAACAACCAUCUGGCUGUGGGCGCCAACGGGCCUUUCGUCCGGCUCUACGACAUCAGAAUGAUCCACAAUCAUAGAAAGACUAUGAGUCAAAGUACCUCAUCUGGCAUUCAUACGUUUUGUGACAAGCGGAAAUCAAUACCAGACGGUGCAGGGCAGUACUACGUCGCAGGUCACUUACCUGUGAAGCUUCCCGACUACAAUAACAGAUUACGCGUUCUGGUGGCGACUUACGUAACGUUCAGCCCUGAUGGUACUGAGCUGCUGGUUAACAUGGGUGGAGAACAGGUGUAUUUAUUCGACCUGACAUUUAAACAGAGACCGUACACAUUUCUCCUGCCCAAAAAGUCUCAUCCAUCAUCAGAGGUACAGAACGGGAAAACCACCAACGGUGUGUCCAAUGGAAUUCACCUUCCUGCCAGCCGCCUGCGACUGUCUCACAGCAAAGUCUCCAGUAACUGCACUGAUCUUCCACCUCAUCUGGAGAGAACCAAACAGCAGGCGAACGACGCCUUUGCCCGCCAGCAGUGGACUCAAGCCAUUCAGCUGUAUAGCGUGGGCAUACACGAGGCCAGUCACAAUGCCAUGCUGUAUGGAAACCGCGCCGCAGCGUACAUGAAACGCAAAUGGGAUGGCGAUCAUUACGACGCUCUGCGAGACUGCCUGAAAGCUCUGACCCUGAACCCUGGACAUCUGAAAGCUCAUUUCCGUUUAGCUCGAUGCCUCUUUGAGCUGAGAUAUGUGGCUGAGGCUCUGGAGUGUCUCGAUGACUUCAAAGGGAAAUUUCCAGAGCAAGCUCACAGCAGCGCCUGUGACGCCCUGGAUAAGGACAUCAAGGCGGCUCUCUUCUCAAAAACAGAGUCCUCAGCCGAGGACAGGAAGAGAGACGGCUCCAUGCGCUACCAUAACUUCAGCCGGAAGGAAUCUAUACCCGAAGACGAGAUCAUCCUGAGAGAAAGAAGCUUCGACUACAAGCAUCGCUACUGCGGCCACUGUAAUACCACCACUGAUAUCAAAGAGGCCAACUUCUUCGGAAGUAAAGGUCAGUAUAUUGUGAGCGGAUCUGACGAUGGGUCGUUUUUCAUCUGGGAGAAAGAAACGACGAACCUGGUGCGGAUCUUACAGGGGGACGAGUCUAUAGUGAACUGCCUGCAGCCGCACCCCAGUUAUUGUUUCCUGGCCAGCAGCGGCAUCGAUUCUGUGGUACGACUGUGGAGCCCCAGACCAGAGUCGGAGAGCGUGGAGAAUUGUCGUGUGGUGGAGGACAUGGAGGGGGCGGCACAGGCCAACCAGAAGCGCAUGAACGCCGACCCGCUGGAGGUGAUGCUGUUGAACAUGGGCUAUCGGAUCACGGGUCUGAGCAGCCGAGGCACGGACGCGUCCGACGAGGACGAAAGCUCCGAGGGUCAGGUUCAGUGUCGCUCCAGCUAGAACUCGGUCUUCCAUCACAGACCUCCAGCUGCAUCCGUACCACCUUUGAGAAGACGGGAAAAGCACCUUAGAUUUCUUCUUCUUUUUGUUUCAGUUCUUGCACACGACGCCCAGUGAAUGAACGCACGGAGAGCUGAUGUUUGGAGAAGCUUCUUUGUCCUCCACAAAACAAAACUUCCCACGAAGAGGUGCGCGCUUCAAUUUCCCGCUCGGCCGAAGCCAAGUCAGAGCUCUUAAAGUGUAGAAGCGCUAGAGAAGCGUCGACGACGUACGGUCAGGUUAAAGCUCGUUUCCAAAGUCUCACAAGCGCUCAGUGUUCUUCUUAAUGCAGGGCUUGCUAACAGACGGCGUUUCGUCUUCAUUUGUGAAGUUCUCUGUUUCUUUCUUUUAUAAAUGAACGUGAUGAUGAUGAUGAUGAGCGUCAGAGGAAUGAUGUUCAGUGAACUGCGGCACUUUCUUUUCAAGCUAUUCUGGUGUUUUUGGACUGUUCUGCAGGUUUUACGGGACUGAACGUGUUUUGUUGUUGAUGCUGUUUAUUGUCAGAAAUGUUGUUUUGUAUCUUCAUUUUCACGAGUAGGAAAGACAAAGGCGGCUCUGUCAUUUUCAUAGAUAAACCUGAGAAGAGAAAAUGAAACCUUACACAGGAGUAAACUAUUCUUAUGUUAAACGAAAGACGCUUGCAGAUUCAUGAAAGCCAGCUGAAAUGUGCUUCGUGUAUUGGAAUUAAAUGCAUACUAAAUCAUUCUGCUCAGAAAGGAUAUAAUUAUUGACGAAAUUGAUGAUAUUUUUGCAUUUGAUAAUGUUGUGAUGGUCUGUGAGACCAAGAUCAGAAACUCUGUUAGGCUUGUUUGUUUCUCUCUUUAUUUUUGGUUUGGAGAUUUCAGUGAAGUUUAAUGCAACAUUUGAAAAAAUAAUAAAUGAUACUCCGAGUUCUGCAACAGCUCUGUGUUUGCUGUUAUAAUCUUUUGUGUUCUUCAAAGAGGAAAACAUAUCACAGACUGUAACUUUGAUCACAUUUAAGUUUAAGUUUGGCUUUUUAACAGCACUGAAAGCAACACAACUCCAUGAUCUCUGUUCAUUCAGCUGACAGACACACACUGCACAGUUUACACAUCAGCAGUCAGAAAUAAAAAUCCUUUUAUUUACAUU